GUGAGUAGUGGCGCGAGCCCGGCUCCUGGUCGAACGAAGAAGAAGGGUCCCAAGCCCAAGAUGACGAAGGAGGAGCGUCGGGCGAAGUACACGCAGAAGGCGUACGAAGCGCGAGAAAAACAGAACCAGCUGGGGCCGGGAGCGAACAAGACUCGCUGCUUGGGGUGCAGAGCUUGGGGCCACAUCGUGGCCAAUUGUCCAGAAGCGAAGGCUGCUACGGGCAUCUGCUUCAACUGCGGAUCCACCAAGCACGCGCUGCGGGUGUGCCCCGUUCCGAAGCAGAAGGACGGAAGCCUGCCCCACGCCACGUGCUUCGUCUGCAAGGCGAAGGGACACAUCAGCGCGCACUGCAAGCAGAACGCGAACGGCGUGUAUCCCAAGGGCGGCUUUUGCAAGGGGUGCGGCUCCAAGCACCACCUAUCGUGGGACUGCCCGGAGAGCACCAAGGUGGACAAGAAGAAGCUCAACAAUAGCGUCAAGAAGGACGACGCUGUCGGUACUGCCUCUGCGGACGACGUUGUUCCGGGACCUGGCGAUAGCGGCAAGGACAGAGGAACGGCAUCCAAGGAUGCAAGAGGAGGCGGCGGCAAGGCAGAAAGAUCUGCCGGCGGCGGGGGUGCCGUAGGCGGGAGGGCGGAAGAGGUUACCCCAAAACGUCGAAAGGUUACCGGCAGCUCCGUAGCGUCUAGCGCGAGAGGCUCGAAGAGAGUACCGGCGUCGCGGAUCGGAGGCGACGACCUCGAGGACGACGGUUACUACGACCCCGACGACGUUCCCGACGCAUCUUUCGAGCACCCCGAUGGGACGGAAGAGCAGCUCUGGUCGGGAAGUAGCGGUGGCGUUGCCCACCAAGCACCGGGGAAAGGGGGAUCGUCUGCCAAGAGGAAGUUCUCUUCCAAGGUCGUUGUGUUUUGAUGUCGGGAAAUGUUCGUUACCGUUUCCCAAGGUUGUUUUUUGUUGUCGGGCAAGUCUUCAUUUGCCGGGGGGUUUUCCUCUCUCUCUCUCGCUUUGUGUUGCUAGUGCCGUUCCAAAUGUUCACCGGUAGUCGUGAGUGCAGACGAACAAGAGGGAAGUGAUUGCUGAAACCUGCACACUUUAAAAAUGAGGGCACGUACUUGCUGCGGGAGGAGAGGCGGAGAAUUUUCCGUGUGACCCCGGCUUAUACGUCAAAGAUCUUCCGAAAUGUCGAGAUUGGCGCCCAGAGUAGACGGGACCAAGAAAAUAGACUCUCGCUGGACCGUGCCUGGGGAUGUGCUUCUAGUCCAAUGGGCCUCAUCGGCGGUCAGCAGUUUGUCUGUAGAACGAGACGGCUUGUUGCGUGUGUGUGCCCUUCACGGUCGGUAUUCAGAGGGACGUGUCCGGUUGCUAAUGUUGACGUUCGUGUUGGUUGCUUCGAGCUGAUUGGUGUUGUGUUGUGUCGUGUCCCGUGCAUGUAUUGCCCACCCUCUCUCAUAUGCCAAAACAAAUUAUCACAUUAUCA